ACGUCGGUACUUGUUUUGGUUUUUCAUCGGAUUUUUUUCUAUCUUCAAAAUGGUUUUAAACUGCAUAAUAAGUUCGUGUUCGGUUUACUCAAGCAAUAAAACUCACCAAAUGUUCCGGCUUCCAUCGGUACGUAAACGGAUGACCGAAGCUGAACGUGUUUUGGCAGAGAAGCGGCUGACACUUUGGGUAGAAGCUUGCGGGUUAGAGAAAAAUCCUGCUUCACAUCACCGUGUCUGCAGUCGGCACUUUGUGAACGGCAGACCAGCGAAAAGUUUCGAGACCGAGGACGUGGACUGGGUUCCGACGCAAAAUUUAUCGGACGAGGAGACCUCAGCGGAGCCAGAUAUGACGAUAGAACGGGAAGAUGAAACCGAGAACGGAACUGAAACUGUACCCGAUGACCAGAAUCAUCACCAUAGCGAAAGUUUUGGGUGCUGCGUCGACCAACCCAAUCUUGUUAUUGAGAACGCAAUGUCGGAAUCCGAAGUGCAGAUGGAUCAGUUCCGUGAAACCAACCUGGAUGUUAAUCAAAGCAACGCAGAAUCAUCGUUCAAAUCGAUUGAUAGCGGUUGUGUAGAAUGCGAUGAGUCGUUUGUUAAUCAAUUCGAAGAUUCCACUUUAAUUACCAACUCAACCUUGAUGUGUAGGUGUGUACUGCAGAAAAUGAGUCUGGACAUCUUAAAAGCAACAGUGCCCAAGAUUAGCAAACCUAAAUCCUUGAAACGGUCUACACUGUAUGAACGAGGCCCUUACAUCCGAGGUGGCAAACGCAAAGCUGUUCAGAUACCAACUGUUAGUGCUGUGAAAAGCAGUUUUAUCUUAGUGAGAAUGCCCGUAGAAAAGAGCAACAUUCUUGAUUUUGUUGAACAGUUUCUAAAUAAAUAUUCUUCGUUAAUGCAUUGA